AUGAUCAAAUGGUUCAAAUUCAACAUUAACUUAAAUAUAGAUGAAACAAUUAAUUCAGAAAUUUAUAAACAACUUUUAUAUGAUUUAAAACAUUUAAUUGUUAAAAAAUUAUUAAAUAAACUUGAUGAAUAUUUAUUAAAUAAUUCAACACUAAAUGAUUUAAAUUCUAUAAAUUAUUUACAAUUAUUAUUAACAUUAACUAUUGAUAUAUUAGUAUAUCCAAAUGAAUGUGAACAAUAUAUAGAUUUAUUAUUAACAGCAGCCAAACAAUUAGAUAAAUCAAAUGUUAUUAAUUAUUAUUUAUAA